AUGACAGAUAAUUCCGAUAUUAUUAAAAUCGACGCUUUAGGUGAAACCAAAUUGUUUAAACCAAUUAAAGUUGGAGCAAAUACACUUUCUCAACGUAUUGCUCAUGCACCAACUACUAGACUUAGAGCAACUGCUGAUAAUGUACCAACGGAUUUGCAAUUGCAGUAUUACAAAGAUAGAGCACAAACACCAGGUACUUUACUUAUUACUGAGGCUACUUAUGUGAGUGAAGGAGGUAUUGGGUUACCUCAUACUCCCGGUAUUUGGAAUGAUACACAAGCAAAAGCAUGGAAACAAAUUACCAAUGCAAUCAGGGAACAAGGGUCAUAUCUGAGUGUUCAGUUGUGGCAUUUAGGUCGUACUGCAUUUCCUGAAGAGUUGCAAAAGAGGGGACUACCUUUUGUUGCUCCAUCUGCCGUUUAUGAUAGUGAUGAAAUGGCCAAACGUGCUAAAGAGUCUGGUCACGAGUUAAGAGCAUUAACUAAAUCUGAAAUUGAACAUUUGAUUAACGAAGAGUUCCCCAAUGCAGCAAGGAAAGCCAUGGAUGGUGGGUUUGAUUAUAUUGAGUUGCAUUCCGCGCAUGGAUAUUUGUUGAGUCAGUUCUUGAACCCAGUUAGUAAUCAAAGAACCGAUGAGUAUGGUGGAUCUAUUGAAAAUCGUGCCCGUGUUUUGUUGGCCAUUGUUGAUAAAUUGAUCCCUAUUGUUGGUGCCAAUAGAAUAGGUAUUAGAUUUUCUCCAUGGGCAACAUUUCAAGUGAGUGAACCAGAAGGAGAAGAAAUUCAUUCGUAUAUCCUUGAGCAAUUACAAAAGCGUGCUGAUGAAGGAAAUGAAUUGGCAUAUGUGUCCCUUGUGGAGCCAAGAGUGUCUGGUGUAGUUGACGUUAGUGCUGAAGACAUUCAAGGAUCAAAUGACUUUGCAGCCAAAAUUUGGAAAGGUACACUUAUCAAAGCGGGUAAUUAUACCUACAAUGCACCAAACUUCACUGAUUUGGUUCGUGAUAUUGAUAAUGAUCGAACAUUGGUUGCCUGGUGUAGAUUCUUUACAUCAAACCCUGAUUUAGUCAAUCGUUUGCAAAAUGGUUACUCUUUGCAACAUUAUGAUCGUGCAACAUUUUACGAACAAUAUAAUUGGGGUUAUAAUACUUGGAACAAUUACGGUGAAACUAAACAGUACGAUGAAGAAGCUGAAAAGAAGAGAGUUGGUAAACCAUUGGCGUAA